AACAAAAAAGGAAGUCUUUCUGUUUUUUCGCCAAAUUCCACCAUCGAAAGAAAGAAAGAAAGAGGCUCCGCUUCUUUUUUUCUUCUACCACUACUGCUACUACUACAAAGUACAAACAGCAAACGCAGCAGUCUGAAUUGAAUUGAAUUUCAUCGAUUAGAGAGAGAUAUUGAGUGACAAUGGAGAUAGAGUUGGAGUCGCGGGUUAAAGCUUUGCCCUACAAGGUAAAAGCCACCUCACGAGAGUCGCCGUCUCAGAAAGCCGGUCACGUCCUCGACUCCGACCUCCGCACCCACUGGUCCACCGCCACCAACACCAAAGAGUGGAUCUUACUCGAACUCGACGAACCUUGUUUAUUAUCGCAUAUUCGGAUUUACAACAAGUCUGUACUCGAAUGGGAAAUUGCAGUUGGCUUGCGUUACAAGCCAGAGACAUUUGUGAAAGUUCGCCCACGUUGUGAAGCUCCUCGACGUGACAUGGUGUACCCUAUGAACUACACUCCAUGUAGAUAUGUGCGGAUAUCUUGUCUACGGGGAAAUCCCAUAGCUAUUUUCUUUAUCCAGCUAAUUGGGGUUUCGGUUAAUGGUCUGGAACCUGAGUUUCAACCAGUUGUUAAUCACUUGUUGCCACACAUUAUAUCACACAAACAAGAUGCCCAAGAUAUGCAUCUUCAGUUGCUUCAAGAUGUGACAGACCGGCUGCUUGUUUUCCUUCCACAACUUGAGGUGGACCUUACAAGCUUUUCUGAUGCUGCUGAACCUAGCUUACGCUUUCUUGCUAUGCUUGCUGGUCCAUUUUAUCCAAUACUUCACAUUGUGAAUGAAAGAGCAACUGGAAAGUCUUUCAGCAAUAUUUCAGACUCUGAAGGCUCUAAGAACUCUCAGCUGUCAUCAGCCUUAACUGUUUCCUCUAACUUUGAGCCUCGGAGGUCACGCAGCACAUCACCUUUUGUCUUUUCCACAUCCAGUUCAAUUGUGUUUCGUCCAGAUUCGAUUUUUGUUCUGCUGAGAAAGGCAUAUAAAGAUUCUGAUCUGGGAACUGUUUGCAGAACGGCUUCCAGAAUUCUGCAGAAAUUCAUAGAGCCUGUUACAGUGCAAGAAGCAUCAACCUCUCCUAAUGAUGUAACCUCUGAUCCGGAUGAGACAUCGAAAUCCGAAUUAUCUAAUCCGGUUCCUAUAGUUGAUUACUCAAACUUGUUUGGUGAAGAAUUUGGUAUUCCUGAUGAUCAAUGGGACACCAGCUAUCUCAACAUCCUAGAUUUAGGGGCAGUGGAAGAAGGGAUCUUACAUGUUCUUUAUGCUUGUGCGUCACAGCCUAUCCUUUGCAGCAAAUUGGCAGAGAGAACUUCUGACUUCUGGUCUGCAUUACCACUUGUACAAGCAUUGCUACCAGCAAUUCGUCCUAUUGUGAGCAGUCCUGAUGUUGUUGAUGAUACUUUUUCUCAAUGGAAGCAACCUACUGUGCAACAAGCACUAUCUCAGAUUGUGUCAACGUCGGCAUCAUCAUUAUACCGCCCACUUCUUCAUGCCUGUGCUGGCUAUUUGUCAUCAUUUUCACCAUCACAUGCAAAGGCUGCAUGUGUUCUGAUUGAUCUGUGUGCUAGUGUGCUUGCACCUUGGAUGGCUCAGGCGAUUGCAAAGGUUGAUCUGGCUGUGGAGCUUGUAGAGGAUCUUUUGGGUACAAUCCAGGGUUCCCGACAUUCCCUUACUCGUGCUCGGGCUGCCUUAAAGUAUAUUGUUCUGGCUCUCUCCGGUCACAUGGAUGAUGUACUACCGAAGUAUAAGGAAGUCAAGCACAGGAUUCUUUUUCUUGUGGAGAUGCUAGAGCCUUUUCUUGAUCCUGCUAUAGCCACAUCAAAAAGCGCAAUAGCUUUUGGAGAUCUAUCUUCCUCUUUUCCUGAAAAGCAGGAAACCACUUGUGUGACUGCCCUCAAUGUCAUCCGUACAGCAGUAAGAAAGCCGGCCGUUCUUCCUUCUUUGGAAUCUGAAUGGAGGCAUGGCUCAGUUGCUCCUAGUGUACUUCUAUCAAUAUUGGAACCUCACAUGCAGUUACCUCCUGAAAUUGAUCUUUGCAAGUAUCCUAUAUCUAAACCACUUGAUCCUGAAUCUUCAAAUGUAUCCCCUCUUUCUUCUGUCCUUUGGCAAGUAGGAGCUUCUUCAAAAUCAAAUACCCAAGAUGACUAUGAUGGAAAGACAGAUUUUUCUGAUACAGCUGUGAAGAUUGAUGUUUCUGAAGAAGUCAAUCUAUUUUUUGCCCCUCCAGAACUUCGGAGCAUAGCAAUGACAAAUAUUACUAGUGGUCCAGAUGAGAAUAGCCCUGUUUCUAUCCAUGGGGAUCUCAGCUCAGAACCAAAACAGUUGACCGAGAAAAGUGUUACUCACCAGUUUCAUAUUGACUUAGUGUUAGAUGCAGGUUUCACUGCUGAAUACUAUAAUAUGCAAGCAGAUUAUUUUCAGCUAAUUAACUAUCGAGAUUGUGAGCUGAGAGCUUCUGAGUUUCAGCGUUUGGCUUUAGAUUUACACUCUCAAAGUGAGAUUACAGUUGAGGGUCAUGAUGCUGCUAUAGAUGCUUUGCUCUUGGCAGCAGAGUGUUAUGUAAAUCCCUUUUUUAUGUUGUCUUUUAAAGCCAGUCCAAAAUUUAUGGACCAGAUGAACAUUAACAGGACUAGAAUUCCCCAACAUCAUGAAAUUUCAGAAGUGAGGAGUUCUGAAAAGAGUAAAAGAGAUCUAGAAACAAUUGCUCAUCUUGAAAAGAGAAGAGACAAAAUUGUUCUUCAAUUACUGCUUGAGGCUGCUGAAUUAGACAAGAAGUAUCAGAACAAAAUUUCAUUUGGGGGACAGUGUCCUUACUACUCUGAAGGAUUUGAAGAGCAAGUUAUCAAGUUGUCACCUCUUGAUAUGCAAUCUGCAGAUGCUGUCACCUUGGUUAGGCAAAAUCAAGCUCUGUUGUGCAAUUUUCUGAUUGAACGGUUGCGGAGAGAUCAACACUCAAUGCAUGAAAUUCUUAUGCAAAGUCUUGUUUUUUUGUUGUAUUCAGCCACUAAGCUAUACUGUGCACCUGAACAUGUGAUUGAUAUUAUAUUAGGAUCUGCUGAGCACUUAAAUAGGACACUAACAUCUCUUUACUAUCAGCAUAAAGAAGGCAAUUUACACUUGGAGCCUGAGAAAAUACAUGGGAUACAACGAAGGUGGAUGCUGCUUCAAAGAUUGGUAAUUGCUUCAAGUGGUGAUGAUGAGGGAAAAGACUUUGAAAUCAAUAUCAACAGUGGUAUUCGUUAUGGAAAUUUAGUUCCACCUUCGGCCUGGAUGCAGAAAAUAUCCACAUUUUCACGGUCUGCAUUCCCAUUGGUUAGGUUUCUUGGUUGGAUGGCAGUAUCUCGUAAUGCAAAAAAGUAUAUGAAGGACCGUCUUUUUCUUGCUUCCGAUAUGUCGCAGCUGACAUAUUUACUGUCAAUAUUUACAGAUGAUCUAGCCAUAGUAGAUAAUGUUGUUAAUCGAAAGCAUGAAGAUGUGAGGAUUGGAGAGUUGGGGGGCAAAAAUAUGCCUUCGGUUAAAAGAGGAUUUGCUAAUGAACAGGAUGGGGAUCAAUCUUUCCGUGUCAUCUAUCCUGAUCUCAGUAAGUUCUUUCCUAAGAUGAAAAAACAAUUUGAAGCAUUUGGGGAGAUCAUUUUGGAGGCAGUAGGCUUGCAGCUGAGAUCUCUUUCUUCGAGUAUGGUGCCUGAUGUCUUGUGUUGGUUUGCUGAGUUGUGUUCCUGGCCAUUUUCUCAUUGGGACCAAAUUGCUUCUGAAAAUAGUUCUGAUAAUUGGAAAGGUUAUGUUGCAAAGAAUGCAAAAGCUGUCAUUCUUUAUGUACUUGAAGCCUUUCUACUUGAGCACAUGGAAGCAAUGGUGCCUGAGAUGCCUAGAGUAGUGCAGGUGCUAGUAUCACUUUGUGGAGCUGCAUACUGUGAUGUGUCAUUUCUUGACUCUGUACUGCAUUUGUUGAAGCCACUCAUUUCAUAUUCUUUAAACAAAAUAUCUGAUGAGGAAAGAUUGUUGGUUGAUGAUUCAUGUCUUAAUUUUGAGUCGUUAUGCUUUGAUGAGCUUUUUAACAAUAUUAGACAAAAGAAUGAGAAUCAAAAUAGUUCUGCAGAGAAAGUUUACAGCCGAGCAUUAACUAUCUUUAUUUUGGCUUCUGUCUUUUGUGAUUUGUCCAUUCAACGUAAAAGGGAAAUGUUGCAGUCCCUAAUAUUUUGGGCUGAGUUUACUGCUUUUGAACCAACAACUUCUUUUCAUGACUAUCUAUCUGCAUUCCAGAGUGUAAUGGAAAAUUGCAAAGCUCUGUUAGUUCAAAAUUUAAGAGCCUUUGGUGCUAUCCCACUUCAGUUUCCCCCCUUUACUGAUGUGUGCAGUGGUGCACUCUCUGGUAAUAGCUUGGAAUCACAAUCAUGGUUUCUCAAUGAUGUCUGCGAUAGCACAUGUCCAAAUAAGGUUUCUCAGAAGUUAGAAAAUAAUAAUUCUGAUGCUUCUAUUGUCAAUGAAAAGGUCUAUCAGUUAUCAGCUGAGGAAAUAGCAGAAUUUUCUAAAGACUUAGAGGCUCUCAUUGUGAAGCUUAACCCUACUGUUGAGCUCUGUUGGACUCUUCACCAUCAACUUGCUAAGAAGCUAUCUAUUGCAUUGGCACAGUGUUUAAUGUACUCAAGAUGCUUAUCUUCGAUUGCACGUGAUGUCCAUAAUGCUGAAGAGGAUGACAGUGAAAAUCCUUCAUCAUGUAAGUCAGUUGACCAGUUUCCAGUUCAUUGGAGGAUUGGUCUCGAAGGACUAGCUGAAAUCAUGAUGAUGCUCCAAGAAAACCAUUGCUGGGAAGUUGCAUCUUUGAUGCUUGAUUGUCUACUUGGAGUUCCACACUGUUUUCGCCUGGAUAGUGUGAUUGGUUUGAUUUGUUCUGCAAUCAAAAACAUUUCUUGCAGUGCACCAAAAAUUUCAUGGCGCUUACAGACUGAUAAAUGGUUGUUGAUUUUACUUGGAAGAGGUAUUCAUACCCUUCAUGAAAGUGCGGCUCAUUUGGUUGAUUUGUUCUGUGCAAUGCUAGGUCAUUCCGAACCUGAGCAACGGUUUAUAGCACUUCGCCACAUGGGAAAACUUGUUGGCCAAGAUGUGAAUGGAUGGACAGCUAUACAACCUUCUACACUUUGCAAUAAUUUAGUUUCACCUGGCUUACUUCUUUCUGUUCCUGAGUCUAUUCUAUCUCAUCUGGUUUCUAGUACAUGGGAUUCGGUUGCUGUUCUGGCAUCAUCUGACACAUCGUUAUCUUUAAGGACUUGUGCAAUGGCACUUCUUGUAGAUUAUAUCCCAUUUGCAGAGCGUCACCAGUUACAAUCAUUUCUUGCAGCAGCUGAUAGUAUUUAUGGUUUGGGGAAGCUUGCACAUCCAGCGUGUGAGGGCCCAUUACUGCAACUAUCAUUAGCACUAAUUGCUGGUGCUUGCCUGUACUCUCCAGCUGAAGAUAUUUCUUUGAUUCCUCCGGACGUUUGGAGAAAUAUUGAGACCUUAGGCUUGUCAAAAACUGACAGUGGGCUGGGGGAUCUAGAGAAGAAGGCUUGCCAAGUCUUGUGUAGAUUGAGAAAUGAAGGGGAUGAAGCUAAAGAGGUCCUGAAAGAAGUGCUCUCUUCAAAUUCUACAAGACAAUCCGACCCAGAUUUUAAGAGUACCCGUGAAUCAAUUCUUCAGGUUCUUGCAAAUCUAACUUCUGUUCAGUCGUACUUUGAUAUCUUCUCCAAAAAAAUUGACCAAGAGGUUAUGGAACUAGAGGAGGCUGAAAUGGAAUUGGACAUCCUUCAAAAAGAUCAGUUACUGCAAGAAGAUUCCAAAGAUAGGCAACAGAUUCCUUCUCUAGCCUCUCCUACAAAAGAUGAUACCCGCCUUCGUCAAAUCAGGGACUGCAUUCAUUCCCUAGAGAGAACUAAACUCCGAGAGGGUGUAGUAGCCCGCAGGCAAAAGAAACUUAUUAUGAGAAGUGCCCGUCAGAAAUACUUGGAAGAGGCAGCUUUACGUGAAGCAGAACUUCUACAAGACCUUGAUAGGGAGAGGGUAGCUGAAGCAGAGAAGGAGAUUGAAAGACAGCGGUUGCUAGAACUUGAGCGUGCUAAAACUAAGGAACUGCGCCACAAUCUUGAUAUGGAGAAGGAGAGGCAAACACAGAGAGAACUUCAGCGUGAACUUGAGCUGGCUGAAUCAGGACUCCGAACGUCUCGACGAGACUUUUCUUCCUCCAGUCAUAGUAGUCGACCUCGGGAAAGGUAUCGUGAAAGGGAAAAUGGAAGAUCAGGUAAUGAAGGGAGCACAAGAAGUGGAAGCCUGCAGCCUGAAACUUCUGCCACUAGUACAUCCAUGGGAAGUGUGCCAACUGUUGUUUUAUCUGGAUCCCGGCAAUUUUCUGGCCAACUUCCUACUAUUUUGCAGUCACGAGAUCGCCUUGAUGAGUGUGCCAGCAGUUAUGAAGAAAAUCUGGAUGGAAGCAGGGACUCAGGUGACACAGGUAGUGUUGGUGAUCCAGACUUGGUGUCAGCAUUUGAUGUACAGUCUGGUGGAUUUGGGUCUGCUCAAAGGCAUGGAUCUAGAGGGAGCAAGUCUAGGCAGGUAGUAGAGAGGAGAGAACGGGAUAGUAGACGCGAAGGGAAGUGGGAAAGAAAACAUUCAUAACUCAUGGCCCUGAAAAUGAGAUUAAAGCUUCGGAUAACUCAAUGUAUACCUGUGUACAUAUGUAUCCUUUAGCAGUGUAAUUGGGAGGCAGUGAUCUUCAUAGCAAUAGGAUUUUGAAAUUCAUCUUAAAGGGGGGCUGUUUUUAGGGCCUAAGGCAGUUGGUUUGAUGUAGCGCCAUAGUCAAGAAGUGUCUAUUUAGAUCUCUUGUGACAGUUGUUGUAGUAGUUCCAUACUCCCAUGUAAUAUUACAUUAUUUUAUUGUUGUUUCAGCCUGUACACUAAGUUAAAAUAAUAUGGAUAUAAAUUUUGUUAAA